CUCUGCAGUGCGGCGGCGGCGGAGAGCGGCCCGCCCGGCCCACACCGGCUCAGCCCAGACCACACCACACCAGCCCACACCGGACCAGACCAGCCCGCGUUGGUCCAGCGGGAGACUGCAGCAGUGCCUGCAGCAUGGUUGGUUUGCCCCCGUGCGCCGAUGCUGCCCAUCGUCGCUCUGCUUGUUCGGGUCGCCUCUUCCUUCUGCAGGUAAAUGGAGCGGUGUGGAUGGGCGAUGAGUGAGCCCUCGCUAGCGGCCCAAUGCAGUGCGUAGUAGUUCCUGCACAGGAAGAGGCCAACAUGAGCGGGGGGAGCGAGCAAGUCGACAUCCUCCCGGUGGCCUUCGUGGUGAAGGAUCGCUGGAAGGUGCUGAAGAAGAUCGGCGGAGGGGGGUUUGGGGAGAUUUACGAGGCGACGGACCUGCUGCUGCGGGAGAACGUGGCGCUGAAGGUGGAGUCGGCACAGCAGCCCAAGCAGGUGCUGAAGAUGGAGGUGGCCGUGCUGAAGAAGCUGCAGGGUAAGGACCACGUCUGCCGCUUCAUCGGCUGCGGCCGCAACGAGAAGUUUAACUAUGUGGUGAUGCAGCUCCAGGGCCGUAACCUGGCGGACCUGCGGCGCAGCCAGCCGCGUGGCACCUUCACCAUGAGCACCACCCUGAGGUUGGGCAAGCAGAUCCUGCAGUCCAUCGAGGCCAUCCACUCUGUCGGCUUCCUGCACCGAGACAUCAAGCCCUCCAACUUUGCGAUGGGACGCCUCCCCUCCACCUUCCGCAAGUGCUACAUGCUGGACUUUGGCCUUGCUCGUCAGUACACCAACACCAACGGAGAGGUCAGGCCGCCUCGUGCCGUCGCUGGUUUCCGAGGGACCGUCCGUUAUGCAUCUGUCAACGCUCACAAAAACCGGGAGAUGGGCCGGCACGACGACCUGUGGUCCCUUUUCUACAUGCUGGUGGAGUUUGCAGUCGGCCAGCUGCCCUGGAGGAAGAUCAAGGAUAAGGAGCAGGUGGGUCUGAUUAAGGAGAAAUACGAGCACCGGAUGCUGCUGAAGCACAUGCCCUCCGAGUUCCACCUCUUCCUCGACCACGUCGCCACCCUAGACUAUUUCACCAAGCCCGAUUACCAGCUGAUCAUGUCGGUGCUGGAGAACAGCAGCAAGGACCGCUGCAUCACAGAGAACGAGGCCUUCGACUGGGAGAGAGGGGGCACCGAGGUGCUGCUGUCCACCAGCACCCCCACCCAGGCCCAGCUACACACCAAGCAGACCGCCGCCAUUUUCGGGGUGAUCAACGUGACUCCGGUGCCGGGCGAGGUGCAGCGGGAGAACACAGACGAGGUGCUGCAGGAUGAGCACCUGAGUGACCAGGAGAACGCUCCGGUCAUCAUCCCCGGCCGGCCCACAGACCUGUCGGGGGCCCCUCACAACCUAGGCCCCGACACCGACGCCUGGGACGAGAUCGACAUCAACCGUAACAAGCUGCGCAUCAGUGUCAGCAAGGCCCAGUGUGUGCUGGAGGAGGAGCCCAGCCGGCCGUUGUGCCCUGGCUCCCCGCUGCGGGGGGCCGCUGAGCCCGGGCAGACCCCCCUGCGGUACCGUCGCGUCAACAGCCCCGAGUCUGACCGGCUUUCCACCACCGACCCGCGGGCCGAGGCACUGGACAAAAGGUCUCGGGCAGAGCUGCCGGGUUCUCCCCUGCGGCCGGCUGCCUUGCUGAGCUGGGCUCCAGAGACGGGGAUCCCGGCCGGAGAGCGUUCGUGCCCCUGGGCGGAGCGGGAGGUGUUGAGCACGGCUCUGCGCUCGGUGCCCCUGGCCGAGGAGGAGGACUUUGACAGCCGCGACUGGGUGAUCAUCGACAGGACCGAGCUGAGGGACUUCCGCCCCGGCCUGGAGCCCAGCUCCUCCGGGACCACCGACGAGGAGCCCGAGGAGCUGCGGCCCCUGGAAGGAGGCGAGGCCGGCCCUAGCCAGGCCCGAGCUACCGUCCCUGGCCCGGGGCCCAGCCUGGAGCCACAGCCCCAGCCCUCUCACAGCAGCAGGGAGGUGCGGCCCCGAAGCCCCAGCCGCUCACCGCUGCACCACUCACAGGCCGGUGCAAAUUCCCCACGCCACCAGUCUGAGCUCUCCACCUCCGAGCACCAGUUUGACCAGGAGCCCUACAGCCCGCGGUACAGCCCGCUGCGCAGACUGGCCUCCUCCGUCUUCUCCUCCUCCUCCCUGGAGACGGAGCACUACCCCCAUGCCAGCACCGCCUUCCUGCAGCGCAGCCGCUCGGCCGAGAGCAGCCCUGCCCGCCAGCUCCCUAGCCGCCGGCACCUGCCCCUCAUUGCCGGCAACCACCGCCUCAUGCCCUCUGUGCUGCGCAUCUCCCGAACCCAGCUGCAACAGGUCUGGGCACGCUUCCUGUCCAAGAGUUGACCCGGCGGGAGAGGGGGGGGGGGGGGGCAGAGGACAAGGGUCACCC